AAGCGUACACUGCAGCAACAUGAAGGUAAAUAUUCUAUUGCUAAUAUUAGCAAUUGCUGAGGGUAUUCCAAAUCCUCAGGUGACAUCCAAAAUCAUCAAAUACGAAUACAACACAAUGUAUCUUGGAGCAGGUUAUAAAUAUGCUUUUGAAUCUGAUGAUGGUAUCAAAAAGGAAGAAACUGGAGAGAUCGUGAAUGAGGGUCGUGAUGAUGAAUUUAUUAAAGUCAUGGGUUCAUACUCUUACAUUAAAGACGAUGGUAAAACUUACAUUGUGGUGUAUACAGCCGAUGAAAACGGCUUCCAUCCAUCUUUUCCAAAAUCAUCUAUUACUAUUGGACAUAAGACACCAACUGGUCCUCCUUUCGCUGCGCCUCCUAAUUUAUUAAUUUCACUGAUCGGAAACGGAAUCAGAUAAAAAGUUUACGUUUUAUUGAAAAAUAUAUAUAUUGUGUAU